AUGGAAUAUUGCCAAAAGAAACAGGUGCAGCUUGGCCCCAAUCCUCAUUUUGACAACCGCCAUUAUGGACAAAUCACCAGAGAAUUCCUUUCCAGCCCAAAGCCCGCAAAGGUUAUAUCCAAAGGUCAAACCGCUCCGACACUUGCAGCUUUCUUAUACGACUGUAACAACUGGUCCGACCGACUUGUGCAGCUUCAAAGCCCCAGGACACAAGUUCAGUCACCUGCAAGCUUGAUCUUCAUUUUCAUGGGCAACCUCCAGCGUCUUGGCGGCAAGGGACGGGCACAUGUAGCGUCAUUGUCUAAGAGCUUCAUGGUACGGCACAUGUGCCGUUCCUCAAACUAUCCCACUGAGGCUGGAACCGCAGUCUCGACAUUGCAUGCCAAUGACCCCGGAACAACCCCAGAGACCAUCAUCAAUGCUCUAGAGAGAGACGGCGCCUUGAUCAUCAAAGGCAUAGCCUCCAAGUCUCUAUGCGAACAGAUCCGAAGUGAUCUCAAACCCCUCUUUGACUCAGAUGUCAAAGAUGAGUCCGGCUUCUUUCCGCCCACCACCAAGCGAGCAACCGGUUUCUUCGCUACAUCAGACGCAUGUGUCGAACUAGCCCUCAACCCUCUGUUCCAAUCCGUGGCUGAAAGAGUCCUAGGCAGUAAGUAUACGUAUUGGGAAGGUCAAGAGCAAUUGACGGUUUUCGGAAAGCCGUACAUUGCUAGUGCUGUUGGGUUUCGCGUUGAGCCCGGUGGUAAGCAGCAGGCUCUUCAUAGGGAUGAUUCGGAUUAUCACCCUCGGAACUGCGAUAUGCCUGUGAUGCUCGGUUGUGUGACGGCUUUGACCAAGACAACAAAGGAAAACGGUGCGACUAUCGUCAUUCCAAAGAGCCAUCUCUGGGGCCCUGAUAGAUGCCCACUCGACGAGGAGGCUAUCCCCGGAGAGCUGGAAAUUGGCGAUGCCAUGCUCUUCCUGGGCAAUGUUUAUCAUGCAGGUGGAGCCAACAUCACCAAGGACGACGCCCGAGAAACGAUCGGUAUGUUCAUGUGCAAGGGAACACUGAGGCAGGAAGAAAACCAGUAUCUGAGCAUUCCCCCAGAGGUUGCAAAAGCUCGGAGCUUUCCGCCCAAUAUGCUUAGACUGUUGGGGUAUGGCAUGUGUCCGCCGGCUUUGGGCUACUACCAGUAUCAAGAUCCGAUGAAAGUUAUCUUUGGAAUUGAGGAUGAAGAGACUGUUAAAAAGUAG